AUGUCAGGAGACGGCUUCUCCAGGCCCUCAAAGCCGCCACGCCUCUCGUCCUCCUCAUCUCUGUCAUUCUCAUCCUCCAAGCAAAUAUCGCAGGCGUACAAACAGUCCUCGCAAUUAUUUCUCACACGACGAUUACAAGAAUCACUCUCUGUUAUUGAGCCCAUUAUCACUCCCUCCUUAUCGCAAGAUGGGCAGCAGGAUGGCCCAGCUCCAAUUGCCACAGCUUCAAACAGUCUGCGCAAAAAGGUCUGGAACCUUUACAUUUCAAUUCUCAAUGCCAUUGUUGACCUUGGCCCCGAAGAGGGCCGAAAGCAAUUUGGACAAAAGGAAUGGAAAGCUCUUGCUUCAAAAGUUCGCGAUGGUUCGCUCUGGGACAUCGUCUCCCGGGUCGGAUAUGGCGGCAGAGACGGCUCCAUAGAUGCUGACGUCGUUUACAACAUUGCUACUCUUAUUCUCACCCAUUCCCCAUCUCAAAAGCUCAAUCAGCAGUGCCUUGAAAACUACCUGUCCUCCUCCGGUCAACCCGACCUGGACAUUGAAGCCCACAUAGAGAAUUCGCCCCCUGGGAAGAAAAAGCAGAGAGCAUCUCAUGCAAACGGGACAGAUACACCAAAAGAUCUAACAGCACGGGUUCGCAUAUUAGAGCUCUUCACCCUCCACGUUCUUCCUCAAAACGAUGAAUGGGACUAUGCUAAAGAAUUCAUCAGCUUGAGUGAAGUUCUUGAUGACGAAAGGAAGGAAGCCUUCCUCCAAACACUAGAAAAUCUACGAGAAGAAAAAGAGCAAGGCCUGCUACGCUCUGCAGAGCUACAGCGGGAAAAAGAAGCGGAAUUAGAACGCCAGCGACAAGAGGAACAGGGACGGUUAGCUGCAGAGCAAAAAGCGGCUGCGGAGAAAUCACUUGCGUCAAAACUAGUAAACGGUCAUCAAAGAACGAGCAGCGAAGUCGACUAUGGAAUCGAAAACGGAGUUCCCAACGUCGGUUCGUCCACCAAAAAUCGAAUUCUGAAACCCGCAACAAAAGUUGGGAGGGCGUCAGCGUCGACAACAGGCCGGUCUGCAGCUGAAUCGUCUAAGCAAGUCAAGAAGACUGGCAAAUCAAAGCCGGUCAUCAGGCAGAUGCGUAUGCUUGCCAAUUUGCUAGUCGCCCUCGUCAGGUACAUCGGUCGAUCCAUGUCUGCUAACCCGCUGUCAUUUUUGCGUACCCUUCUUAUCGUCUUCGGUGCUCUCUUGGCCCUCAGUCGCGCUAAUGUGCGUGCUCGGCUGCGCAGAAUCACCGACUCUGGAUGGCAGAAGAUUCGCGGUACUGUGGGUAUGGGCGUUAAGGUCAGUUAUAUAUAA